UGAAAGCUCCGUGGGGAGAAUGUGAGUGGCACUCUCCAAGGAGCACGUGUCUACAGCCCCCCAUUCAACCUUGUCACCAUGGCUGGACUUGGCUAACAGACUGCCGUGGAAGGAGACACGGUCCCACUUGCUCAUAGGCUCAUGAUGUCAUCCGUAUGAGAAAAAGGAAAAAUGGAGGAAGAGGAAGAGGAGGACAUCUUUGAAGAUGCCUUGGAAACCAUCUCUAUAUCUUCUCAGUCAGAAAUGGCAACAGGCAAUCUCCACUUUGCAUCCUGUGAUUCAAGUCGGACAUCCAGACAGCUCGGAGGCUCUCACACAAGCAGUUCAUCAUCAACCAAGGUGGAUCUCAAGAGUGGCUUAGAAGAAUGUGCAAUGGCCUUGAACUUAUUUCUAAGUAACAGAUUUACAGAUGCCAUAGAAUUGCUUCGUCCAUGGGCCAAGGACAGUAUGUACCAUGCAUUGGGCUACAGUACCAUUGUGGUGUUGCAGGCUGUGAUGACCUUCGAGCAACAGGACAUCCAGAAAGGCAUUUCUGCCAUGAAGGACGCUUUACAAACGUGCCAAAAAUACAGGAAGAAAUCCACAGUUGUAGAAUCAUUUUCAAGUCUUCUCUCUAGAGGAACACUGGAACAGCUGAGUGAAGAGGAAAUGCAUGCUGAAAUCUGUUAUGCCGAGUGUCUCCUACAGAAAGCAGCACUCACGUUUGUGCAGGAUGAAAAUAUGAUCAACUUCAUCAAGGGUGGACUCAAAAUUAGAACAAGCUACCAAAUAUAUAAGGAAUGUCUUUCUAUUCUGCAAGUAGUUCAGAAGAACAAGCUUCAGCAAGAAUUCUUCUAUGAGUUUGAAGGGGGUGUCAAGCUUGGUACUGGGGCCUUUAAUUUGAUGCUGUCCCUUUUACCAGCAAGGAUUAUCAGAUUGCUAGAAUUUAUUGGAUUUUCUGGAAACAAGGAGUUGGGCCUCCUGCAGUUGAGGGAAGGUGCCUCAGGAAGAAGUAUGCGGUCCCCAUUGUGCUGUCUGACCAUCCUUGCUUUUCAUACUUACAUCUCCCUCAUACUCGGUACAGGAGAGGUGAAUGUUGUGGAAGCAGAGCGUCUCCUUGCACCCUUCCUGAAGCAGUUUCCAGAUGGCUCACUCAUGUUGUUUUAUCAUGCCCGAAUUGAGCUGCUGAAGGGGAAUGUUGAAGAGGCACAAGAGAUAUUUCGAAAAUGCAUUUCAGUUCAAGAAGAGUGGAAACAGUUUCACCAUCUCUGUUACUGGGAGCUGAUGUGGAUUAAUGUAUUUCUACAAAACUGGAUGCAGGCAUAUUACUAUUCAGACCUGCUUUGCAAAGAGAGUAAAUGGUCCAAGGCAACAUAUGUGUUCUUGAAAGCAGCAAUUUUGAGCAUGCUUCCAGAAGAAGAUGUAGUGAGCACUAAUGAGAAUGUGGUGGCUUUGUUCCGGCAGGUGGAAGGCCUGAAGCAGAGAAUUGCUGGGAAGUCUCUGCCCACUGAGAAGUUCGCCGUGAGGAAGGCUCGGCGUUACUCCCCCUCGCUGCCUGCACCUGUGAAGCUCGUCUUGCCUGCCUUGGAAAUGAUGUAUGUCUGGAACGGGUUUUCAAUCGUGGGCAAAAGAAAAGACCUUUCCGAGAAUCUGUUGAUAACUGUCGAAAAGGCCGAGGCGGCACUACAAAAUGAAAGCGCCAGCGAAUACUCUGUGGACGAUGAGUGCUUGGUACAGUUAUUGAAAGGAUGCUGCCUCAAGAACUUACAGCGGCCUAUGCAGGCGGAACUGUGUUUCAGCCACAUCCUGGCAAGUGAAAAACUCCUGAAGUAUGACCACUACCUGGUGCCCUUCACUAUGUUUGAGUCAGCAUUUUUGUAUAAAAACCAAGGGGAAAUUGACAAGGCCAUCAAAGUUCUAGAAAAUGCAAGACAAAUUCACGUCCUUCUUAGGCAGUGCACAGUAAGACAAAUUGAUAAUGAUGAAUGUAAAUGGCAAGUGUCUACAGCUGAGCAGCAGCCAGACAUCACCACUAAGUCGAGAGGGUGCUGGUCUUGCAAAUACUUUUCCCAGGACUGUCAGCUAUCUGAAGUUUUCUUUAGGUAUGAGAGAACUUCCGAACGGUUCAUGGAGAAUUGAACUGAAAAUAUAAGAUUAUG